AUGGUGUGGGAAGGAGGAGAUGGAGGGCUGGCUGGGUGCCUCUCCUCCAAGGGCAAUCCUCCAACAGAGAUAAUAGAUGCCACUCAGAAAGGAAAUUGCGCCCGGUUCAUGAAUCACAGCUGUGAACCAAACUGUGAGACUCAAAAAUGGACUGUGAACGGACAACUGAGAGUUGGGAUUUUUACCACCAAACUGGUUCCUUCAGGCUCAGAGUUAACAUUUGACUAUCAGUUCCAGAGAUAUGGCAAGGAAGCACAGAGAUGUUUCUGUGGGUCGGCUAAUUGCCGGGGUUACCUGGGAGGAGAGAACAGAGUCAGCCUCAGAGCAGCAGGAGGGAAAAUGAAGAAAGAACGAAUUCGGAAGAAGGAUUCAGUGGAUGGAGAGCUAGAAGCUCUGAUGGAGAAUGGUGAGGGUCUCUCUGAUAAAAACCAGGUGCUCAGCUUAUCCUGGCUAACGGUUAGAAUUGAAACUUUGGAACAGAAACUUACCUGUCUCAAGCUCAUACAGAACACACAUUCACAGUCUUGCCUGAAGUCCUUUCUGGAAUGUCAGGGGCUGCCUUUGUUGUGGAUCUGGAUGGCAGAGCUACGUGAUGGCCGGGAAAGUAACCAGAAGCUUCAGGAAGAGAUUAUAAAGACUUUGGAACAUCUACCCAUUCCUACUAAAAAUACGUUGGAGGAAAGCAAAGUGCUUCCUAUUAUUCAACGUUGGUCUCAAAUCAAGACUGCUGUCCCUCAGCUGAGCAAAGGAGAUGGGUAUUCUAGCGAGAAUACAUCACGUGCUCACACACCACUCAACACACCUGAUCCUUCCACCAAGCUGAGCAUAGAAGCUGACACAGACACCCCCAAGAAGCUAAUGUUUCGCAGACUUAAAAUUAUAAGUGAAAAUGGCAUGGACAGUGCGAUCUCUGAUGCUACCAGCGAGCUAGAAGGCAAGGAUGGCAAAGAGGACCUUGACCAGUUAGAAAACGUCCCUAUAGAAGAAGAGGAACAACAGCUACUCACACAACAGCUGCCUGAAUCUAAAGUUGAUAGUGACAUUGCUGUGGAGACCAUUAAGCUACCCACAUCUGAACCAGAGGCUGACACUGAAAUAGAGCAAGAGAGCAAUGGCACAAAACUAGACGAACCUAUUGCUGAGGAAACACCAUCCCAAAAUGAAGAGGAGGGUGUAUCUGAUGUGGAGAGUGAGAGGAGCCAGGAACAGCCACAUAAAACAGUAGAUAUAAGUGAUUUGGCCACCAAGCUCCUGGACAGUUGGAAAGACCUAAAGGAGGUAUAUCGAAUUCCAAAGAAAAGGCAAACUGAAAAGGAGAGCACAAUAACCGAACGAGGAAGGGAUGCUUUGGGCUUCAGAGAUCAAACAGUUGCCCCAAAGACUCCUAACAGGUCAAGAGAGAGAGACCCAGACAAACAGACUCAAAAUAAAGAGAAAAGGAAACGAAGGGGCUCCCUCUCACCACCACCUUCUGCCUAUGAGCGGGGAACAAAAAGGCCAGGUAGCAGAUAUGAUACACCAACUUCUAAAAAGAAAGUACGAAUUCAAGAUCGCAAUCAACUUUCUACAGAGGAGCGUGGAAAGUUGUUUGAGCAGGAGGUAGCUCAGCGGGAGGUUCAAAAACAACAGCAGCAGCUGCAGAACCUGGGAAUGGCGUCUCCACUGCCCUGUGACUCUCUUGGCUACCAUGCCCCUCAUCACCCCUUUGCUGGCUACCCACCAGGUUACCCCAUGCAGGCCUAUGUGGAUCCCAGCAAUCUUAAUGCUGGAAAGGUGCUCCUCCCCACACCCAGCAUGGAUCCUGUGUGUUCUCCUUCCCCUUAUGAUUAUUCUCAGCCCUUGGUGGGACAUUCUACAGAACCCCUUGCUGCCCCUCCACCUGUGCCCAUGGUGCCACAUGUGGCAGCCCCUGUGGAAGUUUCCAGUUCACAGUAUGUGGCCCAAAGUGAUGGUGUGGUACACCAAGACUCCAGGGUCACCGUCCUGCCACUGCCAGCCCCAGGCCCAGUCCAGGGACAGAAUUAUGGUGUUUGGGAUUCAAACCAACCGUCCGUGAGUGUACAGCAGCAGUACUCUCCUGCACAGUCUCAAGCAACCUUAUAUCAUCAAGGACAGGCUGCUCCAACUGUCUGUGGUGUGACGUCACCCUAUUCACAGACAACUCCACCAAUUGUACAGAGUUGCCAGCCAAGUCUUCAGUACAUCCAGGGACAGCAGAUUCUCACAGCUCACCCACGAGGAGUGGUGGUACAGCCAGCCACAGCUGUGACUACAAUAGUUGCACCAGGGCAGCCUCAGCCCUUCCAGCCACCUGAAAUGGUUGUGACAAAUAACCUCUUGGACUUACCACCCCCAUCUCCUCCCAAACCAAAAACCAUUGUCUUACCUCCCAACUGGAAGACAGCCCGAGACCCAGAAGGGAAGAUUUACUACUCCCAUGUGAUCACAAGGCAGACUCAGUGGGAUCCUCCUACUUGGGAAAGCCCAGGAGAUGAUGCCAGCCUUGAGCAUGAAGCUGAGAUGGACCUGGGAACCCCAACAUAUGAUGAAAAUCCCAUGAAGACCUCAAAAAAGCCUAAGACAGCAGAAGCAGACGCCUCCAGUGAACUGGCUAAGAAAAGCAAACAAGUAUUCAGAAAAGAGAUGUCCCAGUUCAUCGUCCAGUGCCUGAACCCUUACUGGAAACCUGACUGCAAAGUGGGAAGAAUUACCACAACUGAAGAUUUCAAACACCUAGCUCGCAAGCUGACUCACGGCGUUACGAAUAAGGAGCUGAAGUACUGUAAGAACCCCGAGAACCUGGAGUGCAAUGAGAAUGUGAGACACAAAACCAAGGAGUACAUUAAGAAGUACAUGCAGAAGUUUGGGGCUGUUUACACACCCAAACGGGACACUGAAUUAGAGUGACCUUCAGGGCCAGGGUGGGAGGACGGGCAAGCUGGUAGGAGAGACUCUGGGGAGAAGAAAUCCCGUGGGCCCUCUCUCCCCACCCCACUGUCAGGGCUGUGCUACUGAUGACACAUCACCCUGGGGAAUUCAAACC